UCUGAUAACUGAGUCAGGCGUGUUUCAGACUUUAAAUCUCCACAGUUCAGCGUUUAUUACCGGCAGCUCGCGCCUUUAUCAAAGAUUACACAGCUUUUAUAAUUGAAUUGAGAAAAAGAACACGUAUAAAAAUAUAAAAAAGCUGCGGAAGUGUUAGUUUUAGUGUUUGUUUGGGUGCAGUUUGGUUCAGCUUCUCUCUGCUGUUUAAUGUGUGGAUUUAAACUCAGAUAUCAGAUCAGUUUAAAAGGUUAAUCUGAGUGAUUUUUUUCCUCUGGAGUGAUCGAGAGAGAGAGAGAGAGAGAGAGAGAGAGAGAGAGAUCAUUAUAAACAGAUCUUCUUCUUCUUCCCUUCUUCUUCUCCCCCCGACCCUCUACACCAUGGACGUUGGUGUCACCCCGAGGCGGCACAACCCAGUGGACAGCAUUUGCCGGAAGCUGCAGACCAUCCAGCGCCGCGACCAAGAGGCUAACUCCCCCUUCCAGAUCCCCAAACUCCAGUCCAGCAGCUACGACAGCCCCCACACGGGCCUGCGGCGCAACCUGGAGGCCAUCCUGAAGAAGCGCGGCGUCCGGGGCGACGGAGACUCUGACCACGAGACGUCCUCGGUGAUGCUGACUCCCACCGGUACCCCAGCGACCCGGCUACCUACCCGUUCAACCCCCACCCACAGCGUGCCCUUCACACCCGCCAACGCCACCUAUUCCAUCACCAGCACUCUGGGGACCCUGGCAGAAAGGGGCAGCAUGGCACCCGGUUACACUCGGCCCUGGCAGAGGAGCUGCUCCACACCCGCGGUACAAAGGAGCGGAGACGGGUUCAUUAACUUCACGCCGCGAUGCCCCCUACCUGUGCAGCCUCAGGUAGAGAAGGAGAAGAGCUCCGCCCCCCCACAUGGACUUCUUACCUACAACCUGAACUUCUGUUCCUCAGACACGUCCAACAUCGGGGACAGUGAACUGGCCUAUCCUGCCCUGGUGGUGAAAAGACUCUCGCUGGGGGACGGUGGUUUAUUCACAUCUGAAUCCAAGAAGGAGAGUAUGGCUGAGGUUAGCCUGAUCUGUGAAGAAGAUCUGCUGGACACUAUUUUUCAGGCUUGUGACACUCAGUGCAGAGGUAAAGUCUACGUAUCUCACAUCGUGGAUUACCUGAGACACACCACCAGCCGCAGCUCUGAGGACAGCGGUCUGGAGGAGCUGUGUAACAUGCUGGAUCCAGAACACAAGGACAUCUCCAUCGACCUGGACACCUAUCACGCCAUCAUGAAGGAGUGGAUCGAGGACUGUCGCAAUCAGGGAAAGGACAGUAAAGAGGACCUGACUCAGGAAUCUGUCAAACUACUGGAUAACCUAUCAGCAGCAAAAAGAUCCUUUCUGUUAAACAUGACGUCAGGCAGCCUGGAGGCUUUUGGAGGGGAGGCGUCCAGAGCUGAUCUAGAGACGUCGGAUUUGGUGUUCUGUGUGGCCGAUUUGCAGUUUAAUAAUCAGAAACUGCAGGAAGAGGUUCGGAAGCUGAAGCAGACGGUGGAGGGGAUGGAGGAAACCAAUCAGAAACUCAUUGAGGAGAACGAAGAGCUUAAGACUCAGGCAAAAAUGGGGCAGCAGCUGCUGCAGAAGGAGCGGAUGCUGAAAGAGGAAGUGGAGGAGAUGAAGUUAUCACUGAGCUCCUCAGAGGAGAUCAGAGCCAGAGCUUCAGCACAGAGCAAACACAUGGAACGAGAGAACCAAAAUCUCAUUAUGAAGAUUUCCUCUCUGCAGGAGGAGAACCUCAAAGUAUCUAUGGAGGUGGAUGAGCUUCAGAAGAAGAUGAGGAAGCUGUACGAGCUCAACACUGACCUGCAGGUCCAGAUCCAUUCGUUUGAUGCCGUCAUGGCUGAGAAGGUCUCUGUAAUACAGGAGAAAACCCGGCAGACGGAGGAGCUGAAGGCUGCUGUUAUGGAGUACUCCUCUGUGAUUGAAUUGCUGAGAGCUGAAAAGAGCAAGCUGGAGAGCCAGAUGCAGCUGAUGCAGCCUGACAUGACCAUACCUGGUAUCUCCCUCUCUGUGGCGUACACACUGAAUCAGACGAGUUCAGGAUCUCUGGAGACGGAGUUGGCUCUGGCACAGCACCAUCCUCUCGAGGGUGCAGAUAAUUUCUCCUCCUCUAUCUGUCUGGCUUCACCGCUGGACGAGACGCUGGAUCGUGAGGUUCUCCUCCUCCUGCAGGGACCGACGCCUGAGCAGAUGUCCCUGGAGUUUAAAGCUCUGAUUAAUAGACUGAGAAAAGAGUUUGAAGAGGACAGUCUUGCAGUUAUCACAUCACUUCGAGGCCUUACAAAGAGCCAGGAAACUCAGGACAACAGCAGUGAUCUCAAAGUUCAGGACCUGCGGGUGCAGCUGCAGCGGCGGCGGGGCGACUGGGUUCAGGGUCUGGAGCAGCUGAAGCAGUACACUGACUCACUGGAGAAAGAGCUGCUGAAGAUGGCCAGCAACAUGCGGCGCUCCCGCACCGAGAUCCUGCACCUCUCUGUACGGGUACAGGAGCAGGAAAAUCAGAAACAGCAUUUACGUGAGGAGCUGGAUCAACUGAAGACUCCACAGGACAGCAGAGAGGCCAGCAGUCAAACACCAGACGACGUGCAACAGGUUGUGGAGGAUCUGGACGGCUCAUCGUUGGACUGGGUUGAGAAGCGAACGCUGCCCACGUCUCCAAUUAGAGAAGAAGAUCCUGCUGUUCUUGAGCCAAAAGAAGAUCAGAAAAGUGAGAGAGAUCCUGACCCUGAGGGAGAGGAGAUACGAGACUUUAGAGAAACAGAUAAAGUAGAGGAAGGAGUUUGUGGUGAAGUAGAGAAGAGAGGAUUGAGCAGAGAGAGAGAGGCGACGCAUGAUUCUGGAGUUGAGACUGAUGAACUUGGAGGUUCCACACUGCUGCAGAAAGGUCUUCCAGACUGCAUGACCAACGGAGAACCGGGGGAAUCCUGCGAGAAUCUGCUCAGUGGUGAGAGAGAAGAACUGCAGGAACAUGGUGGAGCUGGACACGAAGAAGCCAGACUCCCAGAAUGCACUGGGCCUGAGGACACCCACGGGCAGGCUGUCUGUUGCGAAGCGAGCGAGUCCACUUCUCUUUUACACUCCCACACUCUGUGUGCUGAUGAACCAGACCUGAACUCAGUGGAGUCCGUCCCCACUGCUCAACCCCGAGACCAGGAGCCCUCAUCCCAAGACCCCACGCCCCCGAAGGACUCGGAAAUGGGACCUCCCACACCGGACCAGCCUGAACAAUCAACAGAGGAGCUGGUUUCUCUUCUGCAGAGGUCACCUGAGGGAACUGUAGUCUCAGAGGGAAGAGAGGGAAGACGGGAGGGGGAGCAGGACAUCACCACCAGCAUGAGCAGCUCACAGAAACUGACACAGGAGCAGCUUUCUGAUGUGCCGUCUGUGUUGGACAGGAGCUGUCUGUUGCCCGUGGCAGAGGAAGAGGAAGCGAUGCCAGAGGCAGGUCAACAGGUGGCAUCAGCAGAGAAGGACUCAACAAGUAUGACCAAUACAGCUAGUGAAGAGGCAGGAUCAGUACCAGGCUCUGACUCCGCAGUUACAGCAGCUGAAUCCACUGAAGCCCACAGUCCAGAGUCCAGCCCACAGAAGGACCACCCACCACCAGAUUCCUCAAAGGACGGUUCACCAACAUCAGCCUCCAAGAAGGAUCCUCUGGCUCUGAGGAGCAGGUUCAAGAGAGACCUGGAGAUGUCCCGCAGCAUGGAGGCCAUAGAAGAGCAGAAAACACAAGAAGAGAGUGAAGCUUCAGUGACCACAGAGAAAGAAGGUGACGUGUCUGUUGUUUCUGAAGAUGCCAGCGAUUCAACCAAGGAUGAAUCCAACAGCUUGUCUCCAAGUGACAAAGAAAUCGAGACGGAGUUUCACCGUCUGUCUCUGGGCUAUAAGUGUGAUAUGUUCACUCUGGAGAAGAGGUUUCGUCUGGAGGAGCGCUCGCGAGACCUGGCUGAGGAGAACGUCCGCAGGGAGGUGUCCAGCUGCCAGGGCUUACUACAGGCCUUGAUCCCCCUGUGUGAGGAUGAUAACCAGUCCAUGGAGAUCAUCCAGAGGCUGCAGAAGAAUUUGGACAUCCUCAUCCAGUCCAUGACCAGAGUGUCCAGCCGCUCAGAAAUGCUGGGCUCCAUUCAUCAGGAGAGCCGCACGGGGAAAGCGGUGGAGGUGAUGAUUCAGCACGUGGAGAACUUGAGGAGGACGUACACUAAAGAGCACGCCGAGCUGAUGGAGCUCCGAGAGACCCUCAUGCAGAACGAGAGGUCCUUCGGCUCCCACACAGAAAGAGACGAUUUCAGGAACAAAAAGCAGCCAAACUCUCAGUACUACAAGCCGGCUCCUCGUCGGGUCAGUCUAGGCAUCAUCCCACGACCGCUGCACUUUGACAUGAAUAAAGACGGCACAGAGACGGAAGCAGAGAGACUGUCCCGUAGAUCACCUUGGAACGUGGUGGGGAAGAGUGUUCAGCGGCCUCCGCUAAAGCGUUUCAUUAGCUCUGGAGGCUGGGCUGAGACUGACGGGCCUGCUCUUAUUAAUAGGUUCGCCUACGAUUCAGACUCUCACUCGGAGGGGGAGCAAAAGGAGAAGCCGAAGGAGGAGAGGAAGUCCAGCCUUACUGAGCUGGGCAACAAAAUCACCUCACUGAUAAUGCCAGCCAAGACUCCGAACAACCCGAGUCCGACAGAGCAGACGCCCCCCUGCCUGGUUGAGACGCGGUCGGCCGUGGUGACGAGGAGCCUGUGGGUGUGGUUGGCCAUGUUAGUGAUUCUGGCCGCUCUCCUGGCGCUGUUGGCGAGCCUGGUGAUGCAGCCUGCUGUGGACGCGGCGCCCGUGGGCACCGGGGACUCCUGGAUGACCAUCCAGCAGCUUCUGUGGCCCUACACGGGGCUUCGGCACAACGGGCAGCCCCCUGUGUGAGCGCUGGACCAGCCGGCGGCCUGGAGCCAUCAGCGCCCCCUAGCAGACUGGAGGAUUAAGAUCGAACACUUUUAUUUUUAAAAAAAUGAAACCGACUACAUGGAGAUGCGUGGAGGAUGUGUGGCCUAAGUACUAAGUACUCUACAGACUGAUUUGACUGAAGCACCAAAACGACACGAAAUGUAACAUAAAACGUAGGUUUCUGAAGAACAGCUGCUGACAGCCUGCCUGCCUAUGAUGUGUGUAUAUAUAUCUUUUUUUUUUUGUUUCUUUUCAUCACAUGCAAUUGCGAUAUAAUUUAUUGGACAUUUUGGAAAAGCAAACCAGUCAUCACAGUCUUCACUGACUUUCACACUGCUGUACACUGUAUCAGCCUCAUGCAAUCAUGCAAACUUUAAAUCUUCAAGGGUUUUUUUUUUUGUUUUUUUUCUCUUUUUGAGAGGAGCUGUUGUAUCCAAUCAGGAAACGGAAAAUUUGCAUAUGGCUGGUUUAGCUAUUUUGGCUGGUUUGCACUUCUUGAACCCUUCAGCCCUUUAAAGGUUUAUGGACACAGAGUAGAACUUGAGCACUUGAGAUUUUCCAGAAGAGGAGGCUGCCUUUUUCCUUUUUCCUGUUUUUUUUGUUCUUUAUUUUUUAAUAUUUAAUAUUCAGAAGGGCACAACAAUGCUUUUACUGACAACCGAAGGAGUACUGAACUUUACUGAACUGCUGUUUUAAAAUGAGUUCUUUAAAUUGUUCUGUUUGGAAGUAAACCAUCACUUACUAAAACUCAACAUUUUUAAGGUUUUACUGCUUUAAACUGUGAAUAUCUGAGUGUUUUUGCUUUUAUUAUUCUUAAUAAUCUUUGGUUUUGCACAAAUAUUGUUGUUUUUUUUCUUCUUCUUCUUCUAUUUCUCCCAGAAUGUUCUUGCUUUAAUAUGCACUUGUGUUAUGAAUGAGUUUUCAACACUUUUGUACGUUCCAAAGAUUGGGGGAGGGGAAAAAAAAUGGCACAAUAAAAAGUAACUGAUGCAGAUGCAGUUGCAAUUACAACUUGCUGUACUUGCGUCUACGUAAAAACGUUCCAAAUGUUGGAUUAGUGCCUUACACAGAACUCCCUCCUGAAAUAUCUGAAAAGUGAACUCUACCUGUGGCUCUGCUCUACAAACCCUGCUACUAUGGUAAUCUAAUGAGUCUAAUGUAAUGCUGUAAUUCUUGUGUGCUGCUAUAUAUAUUUUUUAUAGAGUAAUCUAGAUAAGAAUGUACAUUUCUGAAUGUUAAUUAUGCUAAGAGCCUUUUAGAUGAAUGAUGAACUGCAGUAGUAGACCUUGGCACAUUUUCUAGGGUUGUGUGUUUGUUUGGUACAUGAUGCAUAAAGUACUGUGACUUAUACCCACCAAUAAAUCUGGGUUUUUAGAA